AUGCUGGGUAAAAUCGCUCUCGAAGAAGCCUUCGCCCUCCCGCGAUUCCAAGAGAAGACCCGUUGGUGGGCGGGCCUGUUCGCAACAGAUGUCGAGAAACACGUCGCCGAGAUCACGGACGUGGAUUCCAUCCGCCUGAACUUUGCUGAAAAGCAUGGUGUUGGCCUGCAGAUUCUCAGCUACACGGCGCCCGGUGUCCAGGAUAUCUGGGAUCCUGUUGAUGCGCAGAAGCUAGCCGUGGAAAUCAAUGACUACAUUGCGGAAAAAGUCAAGGCGCAUCCGGAUCGAUUUGCGGCUUUUGCUACACUAUCCAUGCACGACCCGCAAGAAGCAGCGGACGAACUUCGUCGCUGCGUCAAGCAAUACGGCUUCCUCGGAGCUCUUGUCAACGAUACACAGCGCGCUGGCUCCGACGGCGAUGACAUGAUCUUCUACGACAACGAAAAGUGGGAUGUCUUCUGGCAGACCUGCACCGAACUCGACGUGCCGCUGUACCUGCACCCACGCAACCCCACGGGCACAAUCUACGACAAGCUCUGGGCAGACAGGAAGUGGCUCGUCGGGCCACCUCUCUCUUUCGCGCACGGUGUCUCUCUGCACACGCUGGGCAUGGUGACCAACGGCGUUUUUGAUCGUCAUCCCAAGCUGCAGAUCAUCGUCGGCCACUUGGGCGAGCACAUCCCCUUUGAUAUGUGGCGCAUCAAUCAUUGGUUUGAAGACCGGAAAAAGCUGCUUGGUCUGAGGGAGACGUGCAAGAAGACGAUUCGGCAGUACUUUGCGGAGAAUAUCUGGAUUACGACUUCGGGGCACUUUAGCACGACGACGUUGAACUUCUGUAUGGCGGAGGUUGGGGCGGAUCGGAUUCUGUUCAGUAUUGAUUAUCCGUUUGAGACGUUUGAGGAUGCAUGUGACUGGUUUGACAAGAUGGAGAUUUCGGACACGGAUCGGUUGAAGAUUGGAAGGGAGAACGCCAAGAAGUUGUUCAAGCUCGGGGCUUACAAGGAUAGCACGGCUUAA